AUGGUUGGUAUUUUGAAAUUCAUCUUUACAAUAAUUUUAGCUGUUGAAUUCAUAAUUGGAAUUGUGGUACAUGUCUUCAUAGCACUGGUGAACUACAUGGACUGGAUCAAGAGAAGAAAUAUCUCUUUGGUUGAUCAAAUCCUCACUUCUUUGGUGAUCUCCAGAAUUGGUCUUCUCUGCUCAGUACAGACACAUGCAACAUUAUUUAUGAUAUAUCCAGGGUUGGUGGAGACAGAAAAAGUGUUCAGAAUGAUUACUUUUACUUGGGUUGUUACAAAUCAUUUUAGCAUCUGGUUUGCUAUGUGCCUCACCCUCUUUUAUUUUCUCAAGAUAGCCAAUUUUGCUAACUCUAUGUUUCUUUAUCUAAAGUGGAGAGUUUAAAAAGUGGUUUUAAUGAAUUUCUUGAUGUCUCUUUUUUUCUUACUGUUCAAUAUCAUAGCAAUUCAUAUAGAAAUGAAUGUCUGGCAUGAUGAAUCUAAAAGAAAUGUAUCUUAUAGUUUCAAUUUGAAGAAUUUUAAACAAUUUCCUGGAGCUCUUUUAUCCAUCAGCUCUAUGUUCAUGCUGAUACCCUUCACCAUGUCUUUAAUAGCUUGUCUUCUGCUCAUCUUCUCCCUGUGGAAACAUCUGAAGAAGAUGCAACACAAUGCUAAGGGAUCCAGAAAUGCCAGCACUACGGCCCACAGAAAAGCCAUGCAAACUGUGAUCAGCUUCCUCCUACUUUAUGCCAUCUACUUAUUCUGUCUUAUCAUGCAGAUUACAAGCUUUAAAUUUCUGGAGAAAGACCAUAUCAUUUUUUUCGAACACGCUGUUGGAAUCGCUGUUCCUUCAGGACACUCACUUGUUUUGAUUCUGGGAAACAGGAAACUGAGACAAGCUUUUUUUUCAGUGGUGUGGUGGCUGAGGUCCAGACCCAAAGGUAUGCAAUCUUUAGGUUUGAAAAGCAUUUCAGGUCAUUUCGGCAUAUUCUUCAGGAAAAAUAGUUCAUAA